AUGGCUGGUCCACAAGGCGCCCUCGCUACCUCUUUUAAGGCCGUCCGCAUACUCCAGGCCAUCUGCCUUAUUUCCAUCAUUGGAAUGACCGCCAACUUCAUCGCUCAGAUGGUCAACGCCAAUGCAACUCCACCAGAUGUUCUCAUCGGCACUCUGAGUGUGACUGUCAUUGCAGUCUUGUACUGCGCCAUCACUUUCAUCCUUUUCCUCGACGGGGCUCUCCCAUACUUGAUCAACCUUGGUUUGGAUGGAGCCCAUUUGAUUGCCGUCGUGGUCGUCGCUGUCACUGUUGGGAAACCGCUAUCGUAUCUGAACUGCAAUGUGAUCGGACAAGUCUCCGGCGGUCAUUCAUCCGUGUAUGAUUUUGCCAACGCCCUUGGCCAGAGCCUCGCCAAGGAUGGCGGGAAGAUCAGUUACACCCAUUGGAUUGGAGCAUCGAAGCUCACCUGUUACGAAAUGAAGUCGAUCUGGGGCCUGAGCAUUGCUCUUUGGUAA